CACCGAGAAACCACAUCUUAAAAGUCAAACGAAGCUGAUCGAACGUGUGUAGUACAAGAAGGCUCGUUUGAGAGCAAACUUCCCUUUCAGCUUAAAAGUUUGUACAAAUAUCACUAUGGGAAGAAAAGGACUGUCUGAGAAAACUUGCUUCAUCAUCACCAUUCGAGAUGGAUUUCGUAAGUCUUCUCUACUAAAAGCACUUAAACAUUUUCGAUGGCUCCUGGCUGCUUUUCAUAAAACACAAGUGGUCUAUAUUUGGGCGCGAGAAAAAUCCCUACCUCGAAUGAAAUCUCCUCACUUCACAGCUCGCAAAAAGCCGAAGUGUAAUCCUAAACCGAACCACUGUUUGAGGUUCAUUGAAAGCAUAUGUCGUUCACAACGGUAGUCGUCAGAAGUAUCGAGAGGUCGAUUUCGAAAUAAACUGCAGACGUUAAGAUCAAAACCCAGGCUGAUAAAGUUAACGAAAAGACCCAGCUGGUUCUGACGAGAACCGAACAAGUGAUGAAGUGAAGCCUUAUGAUGAAGUGGGCUCUUACGCGAUGGACGUUGCAACCUCAAUGUACGAUCACAGUCGCUCAGCUCAGAUGCAACACAUGAACCACACGAGCGCUACCUCGCCGUACCAUCACACGCCAGCCUCUGGAGGAGGAGUGUCGAAUGCGAUGAGCGCCGUUUCUGAUAUUCAUAAGAGAGAUAAGGAGUUAAUAUAUGGGCAUUCACUGUUCCCUCUUCUGGCACUCAUCUUCGAGAAAUGCGAACUGGCAACGUGUACUCCUCGGGAGCCCGGAGCUGUCGGUGGGGACGUGUGCUCGUCCGCUUCGUUCAACGAAGAUAUCCAGGUAUUUUCGAAGCAGUUCAGGAGUGACAAGACGAUUUUCUCGUCCAACCACGAAGUCGAUAGUUUGAUGAUUCAAUCGAUCCAAGUCCUGAGAUUUCACCUCCUGGAAUUAGAAAAGGUGCACGAGCUGUGUGACAACUUCUGUAAGCGCUACAUUUCCUGCCUUAAGGGGAAAAUGCCCAUUGAUCUUGUUAUGGACGAGAAGGAAAAUAUCGGCAAAAGCAGAAGCGACAGCGAUACUUUGGACAUCGAUUCACCGCCAGAAAGCGCCCUGCCACAGGCAUCAAACUCCCAGAGCUGGCAACCCGGUCAAGGAGAUGAGGCCACCGGUUCAGGCUCCAAUUCUCAAUCAUCGUCCCGACCACCGUCCAACUCUGGGGUCGAUGGACCUACAACUCCGGAAGACCCUUCGUUAAACACGUCUGUUGGCUCGGAAGAUGGAAACGGUGACAAUACGGACGACGAACAAUCGAAGAAAAGCCAGAAGAAAAGAGGAAUAUUUCCCAAAGCAGCAACUAACAUAAUGAAGGCCUGGCUUUUUCAACAUUUAACGCAUCCAUACCCAUCCGAGGAACAGAAGCGAUCCUUGGCUCAGGAAACCGGACUUACUAUACUACAAGUUAACAACUGGUUCAUCAACGCGAGGAGACGUAUUGUUCAACCGAUGAUAGAUGCCUCAAACAGAGCAGGAAAGUCACCGGUUGUCACUGUGUUUAAGUCAAGACGACGGAAGAACUCUCUCGGUCAAGGUCUUCCUUCACCGGGACCGAGAUUCGGUCCUCCAGGAGCACCCCCAGGAUAUUACCCAGAUCAGCAUCACCCACCUCCUCAUCCCAACUACCCGCACAUGGACGGUGGAGUUCCACAGCCCCCGCACUUUGGACCAAGAGGAUAUAUCCCAACAGGCGAUCCCUCAGUUAGUGGAGUGGGUACAAUACCCCCUAUGUCAGCUAUGACCGGAGGACCGCAUUCUAUGCACGCACAAAUGCCCGCACACGCCUACAGAUCGCCAAUGCCUCCAACUUCGGUUCAUCAGGCGCAACCCAUGUACAUCCCUGGUCACCCCCAUGCUAUGAUGAUGCCCCCACCGGGGCACCCGCACGCUCAUCCACAUCAUCCUCACCCUGGACACCCUGGCCAUCCGGGACUACCUUCCACACAAACUUCACCCACUUUAAUUUCGUCAGAAAAUGUGUUGACAAUGUCACAGCCCGUCAUGGACAUGCACUCGAGUUAAAAGAAAUAUGAACAGAGUUAACAGAUCCUUCAUUAGCUUGUUAUGUUUCGCGUUGAACGUCAAUACUACGCUUAGUCAAGUAUUUUUAGACAUUCGGAAAGCAAAAAGAAUAGAAUUAUUGAUUAUAUUCCCGCAAAGUUUGUAAAACUUUCGGUUUAUGAAGAUUUUAUAGGAAAAAUUCAAUGAAUAGAUAUGUGUCGUUAUAGAGAUCUAUUAAACGUGCUUCCCUGUCGUGUGAUGAUUGCCGCCUAUGCUCUUCCUUUCAAAAAGGAGAUUUCAGAAAAUUUUAAAAAAUGAAGACACUUUUUGUAUGAUUUGAAAGCAGUUUCUCCAAGAAAGGUGUUAAUGUUGAUAUGAUGUACCAUAUUUCAGUAAUAACGACAGUUUCUUAGUAUUUUGUUUAUAUGUGAUGCUAUUUUGUAAAUGCAAAUAGAUAGACUUUUAAAAUUAAUCCAGAUAUAUAUAUACAUAUAUAUAUAUGAUCAUGAUUGAAAAUUAUGUAUUUGUUAAUGAGAAUUGAAAGAAG